CGCUGCCGCCUCCGCCCCGCCUCGCGGACCGAGGGAGCGGGGUCGCCGCCGCCUGCCCGCCCGCGUGCCCGGGGCUGCGGUGGGCCAGGAUGUCGGGCUUCCUGGAGGAGCUGCUCGGCGAGAAGCUGGUGACGGGCGGCGGCGAGGAGGUGGACGUGCAUUCGCUGGGCGCCCGCGGAAUCUCGCUGCUCGGGCUCUACUUCGGCUGCAGCCUGAGCGCCCCCUGCGCGCAGCUCAGCGGCAGCCUGGCCGCCUUCUACGGCCGCCUGCGAGGGGACGCGGCGGCCGGGCCGGGGCCGGGGCCGGGGCCGGGGCCGGGGCCGGGGGCGGGGGCCGGGCCGGGGCCGGGGGCCGUGGCGGCCGCGGAGCCCGAGCCGCGGCGCCGCCUGGAGAUUGUCUUCGUGUCCUCGGACCAGGACCAGCGCCAGUGGCAGGACUUCGUGCGGGACAUGCCGUGGCUGGCGCUGCCCUACAAGGAGAAGCACAGGAAGCUGAAACUUUGGAACAAAUAUCGAAUUUCCAACAUUCCAUCGCUAAUAUUCCUAGACGCUACCACCGGGAAGGUCGUGUGCAGGAAUGGGCUGCUGGUGAUCCGUGAUGACCCAGAAGGUUUGGAAUUCCCUUGGGGACCUAAGCCCUUCAGGGAAGUCAUUGCAGGUCCCUUGCUUAGAAAUAAUGGCCAGUCCCUGGAGAGCAGCAGCCUGGAGGGGUCUCACGUGGGAGUCUAUUUCUCCGCACACUGGUGUCCACCUUGCCGAAGCCUCACCCGGGUCCUAGUGGAAUCCUACCGGAAGAUCAAGGAGGCAGGCCAGAAAUUUGAGAUCAUCUUUGUUAGUGCGGACAGGUCAGAGGACUCUUUUAAACAGUACUUCAGUGAGAUGCCCUGGCUUGCUGUCCCCUAUACUGAUGAGGCCCGGCGGUCACGCCUCAACCGGCUGUAUGGAAUCCAAGGCAUCCCCACCCUCAUCGUGCUGGACCCACAGGGGGAGGUGAUCACGCGGCAGGGGCGUGUGGAGGUGCUGAAUGACGAGGACUGCAGGGAGUUCCCUUGGCACCCCAAGCCUGUGCUGGAGCUCUCCGACUCCAAUGCUGUGCAGCUCAACGAGGGCCCCUGCCUCGUCCUUUUUGUAGAUUCUGAGGAUGAUGGGGAGUCUGAGGCAGCCAAGCAGCUGAUCCAGCCAAUAGCGGAGAAGAUCAUUGCCAAGUACAAAGCCAAAGAGGAAGAGGCGCCACUUCUGUUCUUUGUGGCGGGGGAGGAUGACAUGACUGACUCCCUGCGAGAUUACACCAACCUGCCCGAGGCUGCUCCUUUGCUCACCAUUCUGGACAUGUCGGCCCGGGCCAAGUACGUGAUGGACGUGGAAGAGAUCACCCCCGCCAUUGUGGAGGCCUUUGUGAAUGACUUCCUAGCAGAAAAGCUCAAACCAGAGCCCAUCUAGGGGGGCUCCAGCCUCAGGAGACGUUAUUUAAAACUCGGUCUUCUCCUCCUCCUCCUCCCCUUCCUUCCCUCCACCCUUGGACUUUUCCAGCGUGUCCUGAAUCACACAACCCAAGUGUCCAACCUCUCUGUGGUGCCUUGUUUUCUGCAUUAACUCCUCAGCUAGCACCCUAAGGUGCAUAUCCUCUCAGCAGCAGAAGAACCCACCAUGUUCGGAGACUCUGCUUGGGAUCCACAGGGCUGGUAGACCCUGGCCAGAACCAGGACUGCAGCACACUCUCAGUCACUAGCUCUCGGUGAAGUAUUUGCCAGGUGUUCUCAAGCUGCAUGAACCUGAAGGGACAGUGUGUUGGUGCUCUGGCUCUGCCUCUGGUGUCAGCGUGCACACGUAGCACCCAGGACGGCUCAGUGACACACGUACGUGCGGGUGGACCCGGGAAAGCGCCAUGGCCUCGCUAGGCCUCAGCCCUGAGCUGCGGGCGAGAACAUCCUUUCUCCUAAGUGACUUUGUCUAUCUUGGUGUGAGGGAAGAACAACGCUUGGCAGUCAGUUCUUGGGCGAGGGAUCUCAAGUCUCAAAGGAAGCUUGUGUUCUUUUUUGGUGAGAAAAAGAGCAGCUCUGGUAAUGAUUCAUGUAGUAACUGCUUACUCUGAGCUCCUACCAUAUGAUAAGAAAGAGAUUUCUCAUUUUUUCCUUAUAUCUUUCUUCUUUGAUUUACUUUCUCCAAGUUUCUGCCCUCAUCUAUGAACAGCCUCUACUGUCUUGGAAUUUUGUUAAUAAAUUCUUCCCUUUGGACAUCUUCCCAAGAGGCACCCAGCCCUGUGUUCUUGGAGGAGCCCCACCUCACCGGCACAGGCCUCUGACUCGGCCCCACUCUGGGCCUGGGGGCCACUGCAGCUCUGCUGAGGUGCCUGUGUCCACCUUUGGUUACCUGUCAUCCCUCUUUUUCUUUUCAAAGCAGAACUAAAAAGUGACAAGAAAUUACCAGAAGCCUAGCUUUUUCCUAAGAACCUGCACAAAGAGAUGUGUCCUAGGGUGACAGUGGGAGCAGAGGACCUGUCAACUAAAAGUAGGCCUUGGAUCCACUCUGCUAGGGUCAGGUAGCUCAGCUCCCACAAAAGGAAGGUAACAACAGCUGUGUCCUUGGAACUUGGGGUGGAGAGCUUUGUCUAGGGGUUCACAGGAUUUGGGCCUAUCUUCACUAGGCAUUAGGGUCUUUCACACGAUCUCAGGCCUUACCCUUGGCUCCACUGACAGCAUUCUGUCAGCCAAGACCACUGAUUUGAAAAAUCCAGCCCCCAGUCAGCUGUUGACAGCACUGCUCCUUGCUGAAUUGGAUUAAUUCGUAGUUCAGAGGUACAAAGUUAGUUGGUGAUUAGACAGUUACUUGAUGUCACAAGCCUGAAAUGCAAUCACCUAGUAAGAAAUAAAGCAGGCAUCUCUGGACAUUAUCAAUGA